AUGAACGAGCGCAAAGCUGACGCUGAACAAGGCAAAAACAAAAAAGUCCGCGUGCUCGAUUAUGCAUGUGGGCCGGGGAGCGUGACGUACGCUCUGGGCGCCCGCGCCACGGAAUACGUGGGUAUCGAUCUGAGUGAGAAUAUGGUGCGAGAGUAUAAUUCGCGAUUCGGAGGGCCUUCUUCUUCUUCUGCGGGCGAACAGGGGAACCAGGACAAAACCGCGGAGGCCUCUGGAUCUGACAGUAACCCCUUCACCGCUCACGCCGUGGUAGGCAAUCUUCUUGACCCGGCAGAUCCAGCACCGGCACACCUGUCUUCGCCGGAAUUCUACAACUUCGAUCUCGUGGUCGUGGGGUUGGGAUUCCACCAUUUCCAGGACAUCCCGCUCGCCACGCGUCGGCUGGUCGAGCGACUGAGGCCAGGCGGGGUCUUUCUCAUCAUCGAUUUUGUGACUCAUGCCAUGGAGAAUCCGGAUGCCCUUCCGGCCCUGAGGACCGUUGCACACAACGGGUUCAGUGAGGACGAGUUGCGGAAAUACUUUGAGGACGCGGGCCUGCAGGAUUUUGGACUCGUCAGGAUGCAUGAGGAGGUUUUGCUUCGUGGGACGAUCAAGAGAGAGCCGUUUAUGGCUCAUGGACGUAAAGUUUGA